UCGCCCGGGCCUGGGCGGAGCUUCCGGGGAGCCGGGCGGGGAAGGGGUGCGAGGCCCGGGAGGCCAGGGGCGGGGCUCCCGGGAGCCGGGACCGCUAGCGACCGGACGAGCUGAGAUCCCGAGCCCUGGGGCCUGGAGGCGUAGGAGUCGGGGCGGGGCGGGCCGCGGCCUGGAAGGGCCAGGGCGGGGCUUGGGGCGGCCCAGCCGCUGCCUCCCCUUCACCCCAGCGCGCCGGUGCUGGCGGUGGCUGCCCAGGAACCCGGCGCGCACGGGUCCCGCUCCAGCCCCAGUCAAAGCCGAAGCUGCAGCCGGCUCCGGGCCGGGGCCAUGGGAGCCCCCCGCCGCCCGCGUCAUGAGGACGGAGGCGGAGGCAGCGGGGCCGCCGCUCGAACCCGGGGACUUUGUGCAGCUGCCCGUGCCCAUUAUCCAGCAGCUCUACCACUGGGACUGCGGCCUGGCCUGCUCCAGGAUGGUGCUGCGCUACUUGGGCCAGCUGGACGACAGUGAAUUCGAAAGUGCCCUGCAGGAGCUGCGACUGACCAGGAGCAUCUGGACCAUCGACCUGGCCUACCUGAUGCGCCACUUUGGCGUGAGGCAUCGCUUCUGCACCCAGACCCUGGGCGUGGACAAGGGCUACAAGAACCAGUCCUUCUACAGGAAGCACUUCGACACAGAGGAGACCCGGGUGAACCAGCUGUUCGCACAAGCGAAGGCCUGCAAGGUGCUGGUGGAGAAGUGCACAGUGAGCGUGCAGGACAUCCAGGCCCACCUGGCACAGGGCCACGUGGCCAUCGUGCUGGUGAACUCAGGGGUGCUGCACUGCGACCUCUGCUCCAGCCCCGUCAAGUACUGCUGCUUUGCCCCCAGUGGCCACCGCUGCUUUUGCCGCACCCCCGACUACCAGGGCCAUUUCAUCGUGCUGCGCGGCUACAACCGGGCCACUGGCUGCAUCUUCUACAACAACCCGGCCUAUGCUGACCGAAUGUGCAGCACCAGCAUCAGUAACUUCGAGGAGGCCAGAACCAGCUACGGCACGGACGAGGACAUCCUCUUUGUCUACUUGGACAGCUGACAGCAGGAGCCUGGUGUGUCCAGGCCCUUGGACCCCACCCUGCCCUGCCCCAGCUGGGCCCACUCAGGAGGCCCUGGCCCAGGUCUGGGGCUGCCAGGGCUCAGAUGUGGAACUGUGGCUCCGGCUCAUGUGACCAAACACCAGGGAGUUCUAGGAGGCUGAGUCCCACGUGCUUAAUCCACCAGCGCUGAGCCGUCAUGCCACUUACCCUGCACUCCUGCUGGUUGCUGGGUCGUCCCCAGAGCAUCUGGGUGGAGCCUCCCCCAGGACCCCGAGGCUGACUCCAGCUGUGCUCAGGGGACAUCCACCCCUACGGGUGCCCUUGUUGCCUGUGAGCCAGACCCAGGGCAGAGGGAGAAGCCUGAGCCCAUCUCCGCACAGACCUGGUGAAUGAGCCCUGAAGAGAGGUGUUGCUUGUCUGUUUGGAGACUGUGUAGCUGGCCUGGGCCCCGGGGCUGGGACUGCUCCAGCGUUGCAGGGACCUGGAAGUACUGCAGACACCCCUGGGCCUUUGGUGGAUGCUGCCGCCCCCUCCCACCUCCCAGUGGGACCAGUUCCUGCAGCUGAUUGCAAGGCUUCUGGCCCCUGGGGAAGGCUGGACCUCAGGCAGAAAUGACUCUGAGGCCCCUGCGGCCCUCCAGGUACUCCAUCUCCUUGGGGUGGAAACCUGGGCUGCAGGUGGGACCCUGGCUCCUGCUGGCCAGCAGUGCUCACAAUGCCUGACCCCGAGGGCCAGGAAUAGCUGCCUGGUCCCCAAAGAUGCUCACACCCACGAGGCUUCCUGACUAGGCAGGCAACGGGGCUUGUGUCUGAGGGCGGGGAACCCCAAGUUUCGCAGGGUUGGUUGCUGGGGCCCUGGGCCUGCGUGGCUGAUCAGUGGCUGGGUGUGGGGGGGGGUACUGUGACCCUCCACCACCCGCCCUGGUGUUCACAUCAGGACCUUUUGCACAGAACUUUGGGUCUCUUCUAUCUGACAGGAGGGGUGUUACCUACCCAGGAUCACACAGCACGGCACCAUAGCAUGGACUAGAGCUGUUUUCUUUUUCUUUUUUUUUUUUGAGAGGGGGAGGGUGGUGUUUUUGAGAUUUAAGUUUUCACUUUAUGGGGGUGAGACUCAACCUCAAGUAAGACAAUAAUAGUGAGAUUGUAGGUACUUUGGAACCACUGACACCUCUCUUCACAGGACAGGUAAGCCAGCCCAAGUUCUCUUUCAAAGGGGCCUCUCACCAUACGGACAGAAUCUGGCCCAGGAGAGUGGUGGAGCUGGGUCUUGAACCUGGCUCUGCACCUGAAAAAUAAGGACAAUGGAUCAUUCCCAAAAGGGCUGGGGACACCCAUGCCUCGGGUUGCCUCUGGCUAGGGGGAAGGGAUGCCCUAACAGCCACACCGCUGCAGCACCCUGCAUCUCUGUCUUCCGGUGCCUGAGGCAUGAUGUGGGGCAGCUGCUGCCCCUCCCUCAGACUGCCGACCAUGGCCAUGCUCCACGUCUGCCCCCAUGGAGCCAUGGCUACUCUGAGGGGCAGGGGUGGGCUCUGCUGACAAGGGCUGUCAGACCACCUAACCACAUUGUUUCUCAACACCAGACGGCCUUGACCAAGAGGGAGGCGUUGUUGGCUGGGCAGCCACCCUGGGUUUCAGAGACUAGUGCUGCCUGCAGACUGGCCUCGUGUCCAUUGCCUUAAUGCUGGGUGGCCCAAGAUCCCAGGGAGCGCUGUCCCACGCCCAGGUGGCUUUGGGUUUGGGUGUGCUCAGGAGGGGUCCAGGUAACACUGGUGAGGACAUAUGUGUCAAGGGAAACAGGAAGUGAAGCUUUCAGGAUGGCUCCCUGUGAGUGAGGCUGGCACAGAGAGCAGCCUCCACAAAGAGCGGUCACGGCACCUCUGUCCAUCAGAGACACUCAAUCCCUGGGCUUGGAGGAGGGCUUCUCAGGGCAAGCACAGGUUAGAGGUCACCUGUCUGGAAGAUUCACAAGAGCCACCUGCCCCUGGGGUGGUGCCACCUGCCUGGGGAGGGUCAUGGAGGCAGGACACAAACCUCAUUGUGUCGUAUUCUCGCACAAAUCAUGAAAAUGGGGCUGGAGAUAGAGCCCAGACAUCAGGAACUCUGCCUACAGCACGUGGCACCACAACCCCCUGGCCACACACAGGGGGCCACGCUGGACAGUUGGCUCUGUUCACUCCAGCCACCUGGGGACAAAAGGGAUCUUUUGCAUUACAGAGAUUUUAUACAUAUAUUUUGUUUGUAAUGAGCCAUUCUCAGUAAACAUUAUCCUCACUGCGAAAUGAGUGAUUCCUGUCUUCUCCCCGGGUUCUCAGCACCAGUGCAUGGGAACCUGAACAUUCAACCUGCCACAGCGGGUUUAGCUGGGACUGGAAUAGCUUCCUGCUUCUCAGACUUGCAUCCCUUCCAGUGCCUGUGGAGGCACACACAAGCGGAGCUGGAGGUGGAAGAGUCUUGGAGCUCAGCUCGACUUUGACUAUGGGUCUUGGAGAGGGCCUGGAUGAUGCAUAGCUGUGGGCAGGAGGAGGA